AUGAAAUUCCUAACAGUACUUUUGGCUUUACUGUAUUUAGCCAAUGAUAUCGGCAACGCAGCAGCGAGGUCGAAAGGUGGGAAAAUGCCAAGUCAGCCGAUUAAAUUAUAUUAUCUUCCACCAUCACCCCCCUGCAGAGCUGUCAUGAUGACUGCCAGGGUCCUUGGCUUGGAUCUAGAACUGGUGCUGACAAACAUAAUGAAAGGCGAACAUCUUACUCCAGAGUAUCAGAAAAUGAAUCCCCAACACACAAUACCAACUAUGGAUGAUAAUGGGUUCGUUCUAUGGGAAAGUCGAGCAAUAAUGGCUUAUUUAGUUAACGCCUACGGCCGAGACGACUCUCUUUAUCCAAAGAACCCACGCCAAAGGGCUAUCGUUGAUCAACGACUACAAUUUGAUCUUGGCACACUUUACUCGAGAUAUUCUGCGCUUUAUGCGCCAAUGUUAUUCAAAGGAGAACCAUACAAUGAGGAGUUGGCAGCUAAGUUGACGGAAGCGUUGGGGUGGUUAAACAUGCUGCUGGACGGCAAAACUUUUGCCGCUGGAGAUAAUUUGACUAUCGCAGAUAUCUCUAUGAUCGCUACAUUUAGUAACUUAGAGGCUCUGGGUUUCGACUUUAGCGCUCACGAAAAUGUCGCAAAAUGGUUUGAACGCACGAAGAAAACUUUGGAACCGCACGGCUAUGAAGAUAUUGACAAAGCUGGAGCUCAACAAAUAGCGUCGUUUUUGAAGAAAGAUUAA